AUGUCCACACCACUCCCGUUUCAAGAUAAACGGCUACCCCCGGUACCUGCUGCAGCUUCCGCAUACCACCAUGACCCCCUUCUCUAUAUUGAACGGCAAUCCAAACAUAUACAGCGAUCCCUCCAAACCCUUAUAGAUGCACAGAGUGAGGGUCUGCUCUCUGGACUUGCUCAGCCCGAAUCAGACGAUACCUCAGAGAGAAGUUUCACCCCAACCUCUUCCAAGGCUGGCCGGUCGCGGACUCCCUUCACCACUCCCGCAAGACAACCUCGGUCAAAGAAGAUAGGACUCAAAGCUGCACGGGAAGGCAUCUUUCGGUCGAUUUAUGAUCUACUGAAGAUACGAGAAGAAGAGCGAGAAAUAUUGUUGUCUCAAGCAGAUGAGAGGGAGAAUGCGCUCCGUGAGAUACAAGGUUUUACCUCAAGGCGAGAUGGUCUGGAGAAAGCUAUAUCUGUGAUACACAAUGACCGAGAAAAUCGGCAAGCUAAGCAGCUUCAAGACGAGGCCAUUGGUCUCGAGACUGACAUCCAUGAACUGGAAACCAGGCUGUAUGAGAUGAAGGCCAAGCACAGACAUCUUGUCACCGAAAUUGCGAACAUCGAGAACUCAGUAGAUGCCAAAUUAUCAUCUUACACUGAAUCUUUGUCCAUCCUACAGUCAGACAUUCAAAACUACCUCCGCGAUCCCCAGGUUCAGCCUCUCUCGCAACGGCCUAGUGAGUCGACAUUAUACUCGUUGAAUCCGAAACGCCGCACGCUUGAGAUGGCCCGUGAGCUUUGGAAGCAAGAACAGGAGGAGUUGCAAGAGAGACAACGCCAGGUGGAUGCAGAAAUAUUGGCACUAGAGGAAGGGGGUGGAGUCUGGAAGCAAGCCAUGGCGGACGUGUCUGGCUUUGAGAAACAGCUCAGGGGUUACAUGCGCCGUUACAUGCAGCUGAGCUUGCAGGCGACGGACGGCGCAUCAGUUGGAGGUGGCAUGGAAGAAGUAGCAAGCUGCAUUUCGAAUGAUUUAGAGAAAAUAACACAACAACUGGAAUUACAUUUGGAGUAUGCCGAAGAGAGGGACUGGAAGCUCCUUGUCUGUUGCAUAGCAGCAGAGCUGGAAGCUCUCCGAGAAGCAAAGGCAAGGUUGAUUCCCGCAUUUGGCUCGCCUGUGCCAGAGGCGCCAAUCGCCUCAUCGCCGUCAACUCAACAAGCCCAAGCCCCAGAGGAGACCACGAACGCGCAGGCCGAAUCUCCUGUGGACCAAUUGGACCAUGACUCUGAUCCACCGGCAGAUUUAUUGAAGGAUGAGUAUGACCAUCAUACAGACCCAGCAUCCAGGUCAGAAGAUGAUGAGCCCGACCCAGCAUGGCUUCUUGAGUCAUAA